AUGAAGGAAAGGGAACUAUCAUUACCUGCCUUGAUCAUGAAGGAAAGGGAACUAUCAUUACCUGCCAUGAUCAUGAAGGAAAGGGAACUAUCAUUACCUGCCUUGAUCAUGAAGGAAAGGGAACUAUCAUUACCUGCCAUGAUCAUGAAGGAAAGGGAACUACCGUUACCUGCCAUGAUCAUGAAGGAAAGGGAACUACCGUUACCUGCCAUGAUCAUGAAGGAAAGGGAACUAUCAUUACCUGCCAUGAUCAUGAAGGAAAGGGAACUAUCAUUACCUGCCAUGAUCAUGAAGGAAAGGGAACUAUCAUUACCUGCCAUGAUCAUGAAGGAAAGGGAACUAUCAUUACCUGCCUUGAUCAUGAAGGAAAGGGAACUAUCAUUACCUGCCAUGAUCAUGAAGGAAAGGGAACUAUCAUUACCUGCCUUGAUCAUGAAGGAAAGGGAACUAUCAUUACCUGCCUUGAUCAUGAAGGAAAGGGAACUAUCAUUACCUGCCUUGAUCAUGAAGGAAAGGGAACUAUCAUUACCUGCCUUGAUCAUGAAGGAAAGGGAACUAUCAUUACCUGCCUUGAUCAUGAAGGAAAGGGAACUACCGUUACCUGCCAUGAUCAUGAAGGAAAGGGAACUACCAUUACCUGCCAUGAUCAUGAAGGAAAGGGAACUAUCAUUACCUGCCAUGAUCAUGAAGGAAAGGGAACUAUCAUUACCUGCCAUGAUCAUGAAGGAAAGGGAACUAUCAUUACCUGCCAUGAUCAUGAAGGAAAGGGAACUAUCAUUACCUGCCAUGAUCAUGAAGGAAAGGGAACUAUCAUUACCUGCCAUGAUCAUGAAGGAAAGGGAACUAUCAUUACCUGCCAUGAUCAUGAAGGAAAGGGAACUAUCAUUACCUGCCAUGAUCAUGAAGGAAAGGGAACUAUCAUUACCUGCCUUGAUCAUGAAGGAAAGGGAACUAUCAUUACCUGCCAUGAUCAUAAAGGAAAGGGAACUAUCAUUACCUGCCUUGAUAAUGAAGGAAAGGGAACUACCAUUACCUGCCAUGAUCAUGAAGGAAAGGGAACUACCGUUACCUGCCAUGAUCAUGAAGGAAAGGGAACUACCGUUACCUGCCAUGAUCAUGAAGGAAAGGGAACUAUCAUUACCUGCCAUGAUCAUGAAGGAAAGGGAACUAUCAUUACCUGCCUUGAUCAUGAAGGAAAGGGAACUAUCAUUACCUGCCAUGAUCAUGAAGGAAAGGGAACUAUCAUUACCUGCCUUGAUCAUGAAGGAAAGGGAACUAUCAUUACCUGCCAUGAUCAUGAAGGAAAGGGAACUAUCAUUACCUGCCAUGAUCAUGAAGGAAAGGGAACUACCGUUACCUGCCAUGAUCAUGAAGGAAAGGGAACUACCGUUACCUGCCAUGAUCAUGAAGGAAAGGGAACUAUCAUUACCUGCCAUGAUCAUGAAGGAAAGGGAACUAUCAUUACCUGCCAUGAUCAUGAAGGAAAGGGAACUAUCAUUACCUGCCAUGAUCAUGAAGGAAAGGGAACUACCGUUACCUGCCAUGAUCAUGAAGGAAAGGGAACUACCGUUACCUGCCAUGAUCAUGAAGGAAAGGGAACUACCGUUACCUGCCAUGAUCAUGAAGGAAAGGGAACUAUCAUUACCUGCCUUGAUCAUGAAGGAAAGGGAACUAUCAUUACCUGCCUUGAUCAUGAAGGAAAGGGAACUAUAA